AUGGGUAAAACGGUGAAAGGUAGAAAGAAGGCGUCAUUGUGGAGGCAGUGGUGUGAUCAUGUGGAGGUUAGAUACAAGAGGUAUAUAUUCGAACUUGACGAUUUUUGCGAUGACGGCGUGGAGCAUAUGGAGGAGGAGGAAUGUCCAGCUAUGGGAGCAGAAAUUGGAAACAACAGAACAGGUUCUAGCUCGCGCAGAACACACUUUGCAGAGGCCUGGAGGGAUGCUAAACGCAAUACACAUCAGAGUAGCACCACAUUUGUGCAUAUGCAGUCUGAAAUAUGGCAACCACCACCAACAGCUUUUGUGAAAUGCAACAUCGAUUCAGCUAUGUUCAUGUCGGAGAAGAAGGUGAGUAUGGGAGCUUGCAUUAGAGAUGAAAGAGGGGAAUUUGUUGCAGUAUUUUCUAUCUUCAGAGAUGGCAUCCUUACACCAGCAGAGGCGGAGGCAUGGGGUUUGCUUCAAGGUCUCGAAUGCCUCGCGACAUUGGGUCAUAGUAAAGUGAUUACUGAGAUGGAUUGCAAAAUGGUUGUAAAUGAUGUGAAACAUUAUAAGCCUAAACAAUCGGACUUACUUUCAAAUUACCAAGACUAUGCAAAGCAGCAAGCAAACGGUAGCGCUCAUGCUCUUGCACGAGCAGCUAUAUCACAUGCUUCUCGCAAUACUUUUGAUAUAAUUCCUUCUUGUAUUGCUUCUAUUAUUUUUUAA